AUGCUGGACCUCGUUAUUCUGAGCCUCCAUUUCUUGAUCUGCUUCCUCAUCUCGGUGGUGAUCUGGCGCGGAGCGAAGGAUGUGGAUGUGUACAGCUCGAGCACAGAAACAGUUGAAACGGGGACAGAUGGUCUUAUACUAGUUGGCAAAGAAGAUGACAUAAAGAAGUCCAAAAGAGUAACAGCCAAGGUCAAUGGCAGAGAAGUUGUUGUUUUCUACCACGAAGGGAAUUUUCAUGCUAUGGAUUCUCGCUGCUACCAUGAAGGAGGCCCUUUGUUUCUUGGAGAAAUAGAGGAUAUCAAUGGUCAUGCAUGUAUUGUUUGUCCUUGGCAUAAGUAUAAAAUCACUUUAGAAACAGGAGAAGGAUUAUAUGAAGCAGUAAACCCUUUGGAGCCAUCACCAGCACCACAGUGGCAAUCAAAAGGAGUUAAACAGAGGAUUCAUAAAGUCACAAUGGACAAUGGAAACGUUUAUGUGACUCCUCCAGAUUUGUCUGUAAGCUUCGACUCCGAUUAUUUUGCUGAGAAGUACAAAAAUAAUGGUGAUUCAUCUAUGGAAAAACAAAGCAACUCACAAGCAGCAGAGUCGGUUGUGGCCAGAAACCAGAAUCCUGGUGAAUGCGGCAACGAAGAACCGUUGUCGUGA